AUGGCUCCUCCUUUCUUCUCCGAUAUCAACAAGGGUGUUAACGACCUCUUGAACAGAGACUUUUACCACACUUCUGUCGCUGCUGUCGAUGUCAGCACUGUUGCCAAGAAUGGUGUCAAAUUCGACCUAAAGGCUAAGCAGACCGUUAAGGAUGGCCCAUUGGCUGCUAACAUUGAGACCAAGGUCUCUGACAAAGCUACUGGUUUGACUUUGACUCAGGGCUGGUCCAACUCUAACAAUUUGAACACCAAGAUUGAAUUGGCUGAUGUUACUCCAGGCUUGAAGAGUGAAUUGGUUACUUCUUUGGUUCCAGGUGUUUCCAAGGCUGCUAAGUUGAACGUUAACUUUGUUCAACCUUUCUUCACCGCUAGAGGUGCCUUCGACUUGUUGAAGGGUCCUUCUUUCGUCGGUGACUUGACUUUGGCCCACGAAGGUAUCGUUGGUGGUGCUGAAAUCGGCUACGACAUCACCGGUGGCUCUUUGUCCCGUUACGCCGUUGGUUUGGGUUACUCUGCUGGUGACUACUCUCUAGGUCUUUCCAUCAACAACGCUCAAUUGACCACUGUGUCUUUCUUCCAAAAGGUUAGCCCAAUCUUGCAAGUCGGUGCCAAGGCCAUUUCUACUCCAAAGCAAUUAGCUAAUGUUAACAUUGAGUUCGCUACUUUGUACUUGCCAGACCCAACCUCUCAAGUCAAGGCUAAGGUUGCCGACUCCGGUAUUGUUGCUUUGGCUUACAAGCAACAAUUGAGACCAGGUGUCACUUUGGGUGUCGGUGCUUCUUUCAAUGCUUUGAACUUGUCUGAACCAGUUCACAAGAUUGGUAGCUCUUUGUCCUUCUCCGCUUAA